CGCGCGACACCAGCGGCGGAUCAGUCAGUGUUGCGCGUGAUAAUUCUCGGCCGUGUCCAGGCCAACGACUUAUUGCCGCAAUUUUGAUAUUUUUCAGUGCUUAAUUCUUUUUGAUGUUUUUCAGUGCUUAAUUCUGUAUUGGUUGACGCGUGCUUAUUCUUUUGAAAACAUGGAGCCUGCUGAAGCAGCCGCUGACAAUAAAACGACGACGGCGGGCUCGUCGCUGUCAGCGACGCAGAGGCGAGCGGAGAUCCGCAGAAGGAAGCUACUCAUGAAUUCAGAAGACAGGAUGAACAGAAUCGUAGGCUACACCAAGAAUGAGGCUGACAGUAACGGAGGGUCACCCCUGCGUCGCCCUGAACCCCGCUUCCACCUGGAUUUGGACCGCACGGAGGCGUGGGCGUCCUCCCAGCCGUCCCAAAGACCCUCCCCCUUCCUGGCGGAGUCAGCCAGCCUGUCUCGUGGCGCCACCCCGGAGAGGAGAGAUUCGCCCCUGCCGGGCGACACCGCGCUGGUAGACAGCCACCUCCGAGGCGUCCGGCAGAGGCCCAAGGCGGAGAUGGUGGCAGGGGACGACCCCAGCGGCCUCCAGCAGUACUUCUCCCGCUUUGACGAUGCCCUUAAGCUUAAGGGCCUGAUGGGCAGUGAGAAGCCGUCGCAGGACAGUGAAGCUGACAGCGAAGAGUUUGACCCCUUCGCCGUUUUCAGGCUGGUCUGCAGCGUCCUCCUCGCCAUUUUCGUCCGAGUGUUUGUCUGCAAGUAUCUGUCGAUAUUUGCUCCAUUUCUGACGCUGGAAUUGGCCUUCAUGGGCUUGUCCAAAUACUUUCCCAAGGUGGAGAAGAAGACGCAGACCACGGUGCUCACCACCGCUCUGCUGCUGUCGGGCAUCCCCGGCGAAGUCAUCAACCGCUCCAUGGAUACGUACCGGCGCAUGGGCGACGUCUUUGCCGACCUCUGCGCCUACUUCUUCACCUUCAUCCUGUCGCAUCAGGUCCUGCUCCUCGUUGGCUCCGAGGCCGGCGACCAGGGCGGGGGGGCUCCUCCUGCGGCGGCAACGGCACAGUGACCGAGCCAAUUCCCCCGAUGCACUUUAUUAAAGAGGACGGUCAAACGCGGACACAAAAUUGUUACCCUAAGUCCACCGUCAUGGCAUUUUAAUGAGGUACAUUGGUUUCAGAAAAUUGAGUCAUCAACUUAGUUUCAGUUGGAAUUAAACUCGUAGGUCGAGAUACCAGUAUACUCUCCGCUUUAGUGUUCCACGUCCGCCUUACGCGAUUUCUACAUACUCGCUGAUGCCUCUUUUUUUAAUUUAUUAUCGUGACAGUUUUUCAGAUGUAAGCAACGUGUGUAUCACCUGCAGACCAAUCUGCUAUCAUUCGUAUCGCAUUUUGCCCUUGGAAAUACAUAUUGCAAAUACAUGUGAACUAAUUCAGUGUUGACAUUAUUAAAACAGUUAAGCCAAACGAAUACAA